GCACAGCGCAUGUUUCUGAACUGGCGGCUACGCCCGCCGUCAAUGUGACAACAUUUUGAAUAAACAGUCUGCGCUAAGCAAGCAAUCGUUUCAUUACUCCAAAUACGUAACAGUGGCGACGAGUGAGCGAAAUACCCACUUUUGGAAAAAAAAAAAAACCCAAAAUGUUAGUAACACAUUUUGGUGUUUUAUCGUGCUUUGAUCAUAGUGAGCAAAUGUGGAAGACGUAUAAAAAUCGCAUAACGCAGUGGUUUAUCGCGAACGACGUGAACCAUUUAACCGAUGCGACGGGAGUUAAACGACGAGCUAUACUGCUUAGUGCACUCUCCGAGGGGACAUACAAGUUAGCAGCAGACCUAGCACUACCCAAAGAACUCAACGAGGUGCCCUACGAAGAUAUUCUAGGACUCCUAGAUGCAUAUUUCACUCCGAAACGCGUCGGCUUCGGCGAGCGGUACAAUUUUUACGCUGCAGUUCAGCAACCCGCGGAGUCGUUUAUACAAUGGGCGGCUCGUCUAAGGGGUCUCACGGCUAAUUGUGGCUUCAGCAACCUAGAAGAAGUUCUCCGAGACCGCUUCAUCAUGGGGAUGCUGCCGGGGCUCGAGAAAGAAGAAAUCUUUGGCAAGGAUCUGAGUGGCCUGACCCUGGCUAGAGUGGUGGAGCUGGCCGAGAACAUACGAUGCGCGCGAGCGGGAGCCGCCUGCGCAGCCGCUGCGACCAGCGUCGUCGUCGCCGCGCCUACAGAAGUAUUGUGUAAAACAGGACAGCCGAACAAAAGUGAACUAAGCGUGAGUGAGAAUAGGUCGGAAAAAGUACAAUGUUCCGUGUGUGGAUAUUUUAACCACAGGACGUCAGAGUGUCGUUUUGUUAAUUAUACGUGCAAAAAGUGUAAACAAACAGGGCACCUUCGACGUAUGUGCAAGAAGGUGAACCUGGUGACGUCAGCCGUGACGAGGGGAACGGACGAGAACGAUGACGAUGGUGAGUUGUAUCAUAUCCGUUCUUUUAGGGGUGAACCUAUGGUGGAGUGCGUUAGGUUAAACGGGGUAACUUUAAAAUUUGAAAUUGACAGCGGGUCCGCUGUAACGGUCAUCUCCGAUAUUACAUGGAGACGGCAUUUUCAUAACGUGUCUUUAUCUCCGUCAAAUAAAAAGUUAAUGGGGUACACGGGCGAAAGAAUACAUUGUUUAGGUGUUAUGCGCGAUUCAAAAAUGUUAUUCGGUGGGGUUAACCGCGCUAUAGACGUAUAUGUAGUACGUGGUGGUGGCCCGGCACUACUCGGCAGGGAUUUUAUCUCAAAAUUUAAUUUAGAACUAGCGCCGGUGAAAUAUUGUGAUUCAUCGCUUUCAAUAGAACAGCUUCAGGCUCGUUUUUCCAAAACGUUCGCGGACACUUUAGGUUCUUUCAAGAAAUAUAAAAUAACAUUAUUUUUGAAAGAAAAUUCGAAGCCAAUUUUCUUUAAGGCGCGACCUAUUGCAUUCGCUCUAAGGGAAAAAGUUACCGAAGAGCUAAAUAGGUUAGUCGAUCUAGGUGUCCUAAAACCGGUCGACUAUUCCGAGUAUGCGUCCCCUAUAGUGCCAGUUUUAAAAAGAAACGGCUCCGUGAGAAUAUGCGCCGACUACUCGGUUAGUAUCAACAAACAGUUAGUAGUCGAGCAAUUUCCCCUACCGACGGUGCAUGAGCUGUUUUCGAAGCUACACGGCGGCGAACAGUUUACAAAACUGGACUUGUCGAGCGCAUAUAAUCAGCUGUGUCUCGAUGAGGAGUCACAGAAGUUGACGUGCAUAAACACGCACCGGGGGCUGUAUCAGUAUACGCGACUCGUAUUCGGUUUGUCCUCGGCCCCGGCGAUAUUCCAGCGCGCCAUGGAAACCGUGUUGGCGGGUUUAGACGGGGUGUUGUGUCUCCUCGAUGAUAUCUUAAUUACAGGUAGUAAUAGGGAGGAACACUUGACGCGUCUUAGUAGCGUAUUGCAGAGGCUCGAGGAAGCGGGGCUAACAUUACAAAAAGAAAAGUGCGAAUUUUUUAAAGACGAAAUUAAUUAUUUAGGCUACGUGAUAAAUAAGAACGGUCUUAAAAAAUCACCGGAAAAAAUUAAAGCAAUAAUAGAUGCACCUAGACCAAGUAAUGUUAGUCAGUUACAAUCAUUUUUAGGGCUGGCUAAUUACUAUAGGAAUUUUGUACCCGGUGCAUCAAUGAUGUUAAGUCCAUUGUACGAGUUACUGAAAAAGAAUACUAAAUGGAAGUGGACGAAAAUUCACUCGGAUGCCUUCUUAGCUAUAAAGAAAUGUCUAGCGUCGGAUUCGGUUUUGGCUCAUUUUAACCAAAAGGCCAAACUUAUCUUAACGGUCGACGCGUCCCCCACCGGCCUCGGGGCAAUAUUGUCGCAAGUGGGGGACGACGGCGUCGAGAGACCUGUCUCUUAUGCGUCGCGCACGCUAACGCCCGCUGAACAUAGGUAUUCACAAAUACAGAAAGAGGCGACGGCGAUCAUAUUCGGAGUGCGUCGGUUUCACCAAUACUUGUAUGGUCGAGCGGAUCCUUUUGUCUUACGAACCGACCACAAACCGCUAAUUACUAUCUUUGGUCCGCAUAAGGGUAUCCCGGAAGUGUCGGCAAAUAGGCUGCAACGUUAUGCAAUGUUUUUAAGCGCAUAUAACUAUGUAAUAGAAUAUGUUCGCAGCGCCGAUAAUACCGCAGAUUAUCUGUCGCGCGCGAGUCUGCCGGGGGCGGGGGAGCGCGGCGCGAGAACCACAGAGGCGGGGCGCGCGUCGUGCGCAGACGCCGCCGCGGCGCUGUGCGAUAGGGCCGCAUACGUCUGUUUCGUCGUGGACGGAACGUUGCCUAUGACCGUCAGCGAAUUACGUCACGAAACAGCUAAAGAUGUUAUUUUGUCCCGUGUCAUGAAUCAUGUUUUAAACGGCUGGCCGAACAAAGUAGUCGAUUUAAAGUUAAAGCCGUAUUUUUUGUGUCGAAAUCAAUUAUCGGUAGAAAACGGCUGCUUAAUGAGAGGGCAUAAGGUUAUUAUUCCAAGCUCACUACGUAAAAGAGUAAUGGACGAAUUACAUACGUCCCAUUUAGGUGUAGUAAAAACCAAGGCCGAUGCGAGGUCGAGAUUUUGGUUCCCGGGCGUCGAUGAAGCGAUUGAAAACUUUAUCGGGUCGUGCGAGGUGUGCACCCGGCUGAGACCGUCACCGCCGCGGGCGAAGCUGGUGCCGUGGAGGUUCCCUCCUCAGCCAUUUUACAGAGUGCACAUCGACUUUUUAGGACCCUUGAACGGUCGUACGUAUUUGGUCGUCGUAGACUCGUACACCAAAUGGGUCGAGGUAUACGACAUGAAUGCGAACACAACGUCGUGUGCAGUAGUUGAGCGGUUGUACGAGUACAUUGCGCGUUAUGGUUUACCGAAAACGAUAGUGAGCGACAACGGGCCCUCCUUUGCCUCGCAAGAAUUUUCAAGGUUUUGCGCAGGCAAUGGGAUCAGUCAUCUUACUACACCGGCGUACCAUCCGGCUAGCAACGGCCAGGCAGAAAGUUCGGUAAAGGUUGUAAAAAAGGGUAUUAGAAGCAGCAUCAUGUCUAGUCGUACAGCGAAGGAAUGUAAGUUACGUCUCCUAAAGUUCUUGUUCGAUUAUCGGAACUCGAUUCAUUCCACCACAGGUUUCUCCCCGGCUGAACUUGUAUACGGAUGUAAACUCAGGUCGCGGUUGGAUCUAAUUAAUCCCAAAGAGCCGUCGUCCUCGUUCAGCGCCCUUGCCGAUGUUGUGCAUGAUAGGCAGCAGGCACAGAUCGUAGCCCAUGGUGGGAAAAAUAAAAUUUCCUUUUCCCCAGGUGAACAGGUAUUUUAUAAAAAGUUUAGUGGUAAUAAUAAAUUCACCUGGCAUAAAGGUACGGUGUUACGGCGACUGGGAAAAGUGUUAUAUGUUAUACAGGAUAAUGCUACUUUAGUUACCACUAAAAAACACAAAAAUCAAUUGUGGUUAUGCAAAGCCGACGUUACUGCUACUAAUGUAAACUCGCGGGAUGUUGACGAUGAUGAUGAUGAUGAAAUUGUAGUGAGUAUCCCAACAUCGCCAACAUCCUCCGGACAGCCAGGAGUCGCACAGGGCAUUAGUGAUGGAGAACAGCCUGAGGGGGAAGGUGAGGAGGCGUGCUCGCCGCCGCACACACCGCUUAUCAACCAUCCUAAUGUCACAGUAGCUAGGGGUGUUAGGCGCCCUGCGCAGUCCGAAGAGGAUGAUUGUUUAGGCUAGCUUAGAAAUUAAAUUUGUUAUAUGUGUCAUAAGCUCUGCAUGUCAGUAUUGUGUAAUUGUAUUGUUAUUUUCUUGUUAAUUUGUUGUUGUUUAUUUGUUUAUUGUUUAUUCUUUAUUUUGAUUUUUAAUUAUUUAUAAGGUCACAUCUAAAGGGGGAGGGAUGUUGUGUAUGCGUUUGCACAGCGCAUGUUUCUGAACUGGCGGCUACGCCCGCCGUCAAUGUGACAACAUUUUGAAUAAACAGUCUGCGCUAAGCAAGCAAUC